GGGGCCUCGUUGUUGUUGGAAGGCUUUGAAGGGGCGAUGGAGGGGGGGCCUGUCUCAUGGCUGAACCGGCAAGCCUAGCAAUCACACCAUCCAGACAUGGUAGUCUUAGGGCAGAUUAUUAAGGAACGGGAUUGCGCACAAUUUCCGUGGCUGCUGCAGCUGGCUGCAUCUUCCGCAAUGAGAAGGGCAGGGAGUAUACAGUGAGGUGCUUAUUAGGUCGUCGUGUGUGUGUGUCGGAGGUUUCAAACGAGCGUCGCUGCGUGGAACGGAGGCUUCGGGAGGUUUUGGUGUGAGUCUAAGGGUUUGGAGUGGUGUAGACGAGUAGUGAGAGUGUGUGUGUGUGUUUUUUUUUUUUUUUUUUUUUUUUUUUUUUUUUUCGGUGUGAUUUUUUGUGAGGUGAUUAGAGGUUAGGAGGAGCAGGAAACGGAGUGGGACGGGCAAACAGAGUUGGUUGUUGGUCUCCUUGUUGCGUGAGGUUGCGGAGGAGUGAUGAGCACCAUGGCGGAUAAGUUCUCGAAUUUCGCGCAGUCCUUUCAGGUCGGCCCUGUUGAUACUCCUGCGGCAUUUAGUGGCAGUGGUCCCAAACGGGAGGCUGCGCUGGAGCGUUUGGCACUACUAGAGCCUCGCGAAUUAAGUGCUGAAGCAAAGACUGAAACCUGCAGAGCUACUCGUGAUUUACGUAGCUGUGGGCGAGCUGUUCAUCAUGUCGUUUCAACAUGUGGCCAUGCUUGUCUCUGUGUUGAAUGUCUUCAACGCACUAUCAGCUGUCCAAUUUGUAGAACUCCUACGGGUAGUUCUGGGCAACACCAGUUGCGACUUUAUGACGAAUGUGUUGAUGCAGGACUUAUACAAAAGAAUUCAGAUUUGUUAUCAGAGGGUGCAGAUGUUGGUCGCCUUUAUUCAUUUUUCGACGUGGCAUUAGACAAUAGUCUUGUGUCAUUGAUCUGCCACUAUGUUGCAGAGGUGUGUAUGGAUGAAGGUGCUGUUUCCAGCAAUGCAAUGGUGUCCAUAUUAUUGGAUGGAGGUGUGGUGAAAAAUUGGUGCAAGCGGACCUUUCACAACAUAGCUCUGGAACUACGAGAUAUCUACAAUCUCAGUCCAAGACAGAUGAUAUUUAAAUUAGACACUAUAGAGUGGAAGGGGAGAAAGUUAGGAGGGGUUAUUCAUGUUUUAGAAGCUCUUGAGGCACCACUUGUGGAUCAACCUCUUUCGCCAACUUUGUAUGAGCUUCGUCAGCUUCUGGAAUCUAUUCGCAAAGUUGUCCAGCAUUUGGAAGUGAUGGCUUGGUGUGCUCGACAUCAGUUCCUGGAAACCAUUCGAUCAAGUUAUGAAAGUAUCAGCCAGUGGCAUACAGCUGUAAAGGAACGGAAGUUGGUGGCUCAGGAUAGGGCAUGGUCAGUAACUGACAAGAAAAGUAAAUUAGGAGAUUCACAACCAGCUACCCUUUUUAUUGAGGACGCAUUAGCCAACCUUGGUCUUCUUGACGAUGACAAUGAAGAUGAAAUGGGGUCGGAAGAUCUCCCAGAGCUCGGUUGGCUUCGUCAGGGACCUACUGCUCACACUCCAGCUUCCCUUAGGUUCAGAUGUGACGAGCCAAUGCAAUCAACGUCACCCUACCCGCCUGAAAGUGUCCGCACCGCUGUGGAUCUUUUGUUUUUGGAGGGAGCCUGUGAUCUCGUACUCGCCAAGAAGGCAAUUUUUCUGUACUUUUUAUUCGAUCGUCACUGGGGACUUUCUGAUGAGAAGUGGCGAGAAGUGGUGGAUGACUACGCAAGCAUUUUCAGCAUCCCGAGACAUCUCAUGCUGGAAUCUCUUGUAUUUUACCUUCUCGAUGACAGUAGCGAUCAUGCCCUGGAGGAGGCUUGUCAGUUACUGCCGGAAAUUGCUAGUCACAACACACAUCCAAAAGUCGCCACUGUGCUGCUUGAGCGUCGGAAACCUGAGGUAGCGCUUGCCGUUCUUCGUGCGAGUGGACUCCAUGGCCUGGGAUCAGGGAUUGUUCCUCUUUCGGAUGCUCUUACAACCGUUAGGGUAUGGCUUCAAUGUGGUCUUCUUACCGAAGGCUAUUCAUAUCAGAGGGCCUAUGUCGAUGGUGUUAAGCGGGAAGAGGGUGAUUGGUUAACAAGCACGGAGGUGUUGGUGAGCGAAAUCUCCAGGUUGUGUAUGGGUAUGAGCUUAUUGGAUAAAAUGUUAGGUUUGCCAUGGAGGAAAGAGGAAGAAAAGUAUGUGCGGAAGUGUUUACUUAAUCGUGCUGAAGAAGACCCGUCGUGCACGGCCGGAAACCUUCUGGUUGUCUUUUACGUACAGCGAUGUCGGUACAUUGAAGCACGUGAUGUGCAUAAAAGAUUGAGCGAACUUGAGAAUAUGUGGGUACUAAGAUGCACUGACGGAGCGAAGAACUCUCGGGUUCGUAUGGCAAGUGAACAGAGGCUCCGCAUUGUUGAAAAGUGCAUGGAGCUCCUACCUGAGGUGCAGCGGCAACAGGCUUCCAGCGCUAUUGUUGAGUCUCGUGAACCUAACGUGGAGUCACCUAAAUCUAGAAUGUUGGCCGUGGACCAACAGAGAUUCCCUCCUUUAGCCUCUCCUCUCUUCGGUUCUGCUGCUGGGAACCUGAUCAGGGAACCUGUGGCUUUUGAAGAAAACAAUGUUCCAUCCACCUCUGCUUGGGCUAGUUCUAGUCAACCUUCCUUUGCUCAAGAACGUUUAGGACUUCGAUCACCUGCACCUCCAUCUCCGAUUUUCUCAAACAUGUUUCCUAAAACAAAUGGACCUACUGCAUCCCGUGAGUUUGCCACACUAGGAGACAGCCCUGUGCAAGGGCGGCGUCUUGGUUACGAGGCUGAACAGCCUAGGGAGUCUCAUUAUCCCACGGUUGACUUGGGAAAUUCGCUAAGGUGUGAUGGUAUGGAUGCAGCAGGACCAGGCUCUUGGGCAAGUGGGUUGGAUAAGCGGAUGCCGGUGAAGAUGAAUGGAAUUGAUCAUUCAGGCAAUGAAUUAUUUUUAACCAUGGAGAACGGAUUUCGGACAGAUGAAUUGCUAACAGGUAAUGGCGAAUCAAUGGAAAUGGAUGCGGGGGGGACGAGUAGCUGGCCAUCUAAUGGGAAACGACACCCAUCGGAUCGGUCCUGGUUGCAGAAGGAUGUAGAGAAGGAAGCAUCCAAGGACUUCACCUUUAAAGGCACCAAUGGUGGAAAUGAGCUAUUACAGGACACUGGUGUGUUACCCCGGGAAUCCUCCAGGAGGAAUGCAGAGGCUGACGAGAAUGGUGGCAGUCGCUGGCGCUCUGAUGAAGGGGAUGAGCCAGUAUCAUCACCUCCACCAUCAACACGCUUGAAGGCUCUCAAUCAAUCACAAGCAAGGUCUCGCAGUAGGUUCUAUAGUUUUCGAGUUUGACCCUGUAGCGUUACGUGCAAGUCCCUUCACUUUUGACACUUUAGUAAGUGAUUACACUUUUUGUAUUCCAGAUCUGCUGCAUUUUUUCUCCUCUGUAGUGUUUCAGCACUAUCGACCAAUCCUCGUUGAGUAAUCCCUCUGAGUCCCGAUUUUCAAUAUUUUUCUCACUUCGUUUCCAGUGAAUUGUACGAUGCGUAUUUACAUACAUCAGUGAUGCUUAACAGGAUGGUUUAAGAGAAUCUACUAUUCAAUUGUUGCAA